UCUAUUCAAUUUCUUUGCAAUGGAUUCAAGUAGGAAUUUGAAGAGGAAAUCCCAAGAAUAUGAAGCUCCCAUUUUCGGGUUGGAUGAGCUCAAUCAAGAUCUCCUUGAAAGAGUUCUCUCUCGGUUGCCGGCGGCUUCUUUCUUCCGCCUCAGCUCCGUCUGCAAGCGGUGGAAAUCGGUGGCUGAUUCCGCCACUUUCCGCCUCGCCUGCUCCGAUGUCCCUUCUCGGGAGCCUUGGUUUUACAUGGUGGGUCCCCAUUUCUCGCGCCCGGUGGUGUACGACUCGUCGGAGGAGAAUUGGAAGGUUCUCCGGUGUCCGUCUUUUCUCCGGCCGGAACCGGAGAACGAGGAUUCCUGCUGCAAUUUCGUGCCCGUUGCAGCCUCCGGUGGACUCCUCUGUUUCCAUAGCGAAUCAGAUGGUUUCGUGGUUUCGAAUCCGGUCACCGGAUUUUACCGCAGGAUUCCCUCGCCGGAGUCCGAGGAAAGCCCUCUUCAGGCCAUUGCCAUGGCUUCCGCUACAAAUUCCUACAAAUUGGUUUUAGUCUCCGGUGAAUUCCCAAAGCUCUCGUUCCGGGUUUACGAUUCCGGCGAGAGUAAAUGGGGAGAAAAAGCAUUUCUCAGGAGAAAGGACCCAUCCGACGGCUCUUCCGGGAAUUCCAACUCCAUUGAAGAUCUUGAUGAUUACCCAUUAUAUUUCUUGAGCAAGUGCGGCAAUUUAGUGGCGUCGGAGUUACAGAGGAGCCCCUGCAAGCAAUACUCGUCGGUAAUUUCUUCAAACUCCGGCGACGAAACCGUGUACUUCCUUAGCCCAUCCGGGACGGUGGUGGCCUGCAAUCUCGCCGGAAAAUGGUUCGUUGAGUACCCGAGGCUGCUCCCUCUCGACCACGAAUACUCAAUCGACUUAGUGGAGUGCAGGGGAGAAGUUUACGCCGUCGCGCUCUCCGACUAUCUGGAGAGUGCCAGCCUGAGAGUGUGGAGGUUCGACGACGAGAAGACGUGGGAAUGGGAGCAAGUCUCCGCGAUGCCGCCGGCGUUGUCGCAUGAGUUUUACGGCAAGACGGUUGACAUCAACUGCGCCGGCGCCGGGAACCGGAUUUUCGUCUGCGCUUCGUGUUCUGAGUUCUGCAGAUAUUUUGUGUGCAAUUUGGAAGGGAAUGAAUGGGUGGAAUUGCCAAACGGGAAUGGGAAUGAGUUUAGCUGCGCGUUCUCGUUUGAGCCCAGGAUUGAGGCUUCGACCUGAAAACCGGGACAAGCAAAUCGAGAAUCGUGUUUGAUUUGACAGGAAGGAUAAUGUACUCAUAGAUUCAUAGGAAUUAGAAAUAUACUCUCUUUUCUUCUA